AUGGCCGACCCCUUAAGCAUUACUGUCUCAGUGGUAGCUAUUAUUACUGCCGUCAUUGAGUCGACAAACUCGCUCCGGGAAACUGUCAGACGCUUCAGAGAACGCGACAAAACUUUACACAGACUCCAAGCUGAGCUUGAAGAUCUCCUCAGGAUUCUUGAUGCAUUGAAAGACGCGGUCGAUUCCGACGCAUCAGUACUGGCGCUUCUCGAAGGUCCGGUUGGUCGAUGCGGCCGACUAUGCCGCGAGUUUGAGGACUCUAUGAAAGUUUUCAGUGGAAAGUCAAAGACAGGCUUUCGAGAUUGGAAAAGAAUGGAAUUCAUGAGGGGCGAUAUGAACGACUUUAUAGAUAAAAUCGCAGGGUAUAAAGCCACGAUCUCAGUCGGCCUAGGUAUUAUUACGAUGCGUACAUCUAAAGUCUCCCACAAAGUCCUUGAAGAGUAUAACGAAAUGAUCAAGGACACGUCAUACAAUCUUAAGGUCUAUCUACAGCGCAUUGACGAGAAAUUAGCGCAACUUAGCACUGAAAAUAGGGAUAAUUCGAGUGGAGACGUAGAUCUGAAAGACGAGAGAGCAGUUACCAAGCAAUGCCUUCGCAUUUGUGAAGACGCAAGGUCCUAUAUCGAAUCAUUGACCAAUCGAGAGUCCAUUCUACUCCAAGACUUCUCCCAAAACGCUGCCGAUGAAGAUGCCGUGCAAGAGCGCUUCGAAGUGCAGCGGCUCGCGCGCGAAGCUCUGGAUGAGAACCAAAAGAGCUUGGCGGAGAUCGUCAACCAUUUUCAGAAACGACUAAAUUUAUUAGUCAUGAACGGAGACCCUAGAGACAACCAUGAGAGAUCGCGGCUGCAGGAAGAUUUUAAAAUAUCGAAGCAGUGUCUCGACGUGUGCCAAGUGGCUAGCGACGUUUCCCGUCAGAAGAUAUUCAGAGUUGGCGAGGUCGUUGCUGAUGGUGAGAGUGAUCAGGUAGUGGUGACUACUCUAGCGGAUCUAUUCGAUGUCAAAAAGGCGCUUUCUAAAGGAAAUUCGGCGCAGCUGGUUGGUUCGAUGGCGCCAAAAGAGCUUCAGCUUUUGGUUGAGAAGCGUUAUAGCAGUCGUUUCGGUGCUUUCAAGGGUGGCUCUGAGUCUACUGAAACUAGCACUGCCAACCCUCAAUUAGUCCAUGAGACCGAGAAGGGCGCACAAACUGUUUUACGGAAAGGUGGGUUUGAGGAGCAGUCUUCUGGGCCGAGCAUAAAACCUAAUACACCGUCUUCCAACGAGGUGAGGAAACGGGUCAUGGGCGGUACAAAAGACUAG